AUGGACUCCACGUUCGGCAAAGUCUUCAUGUUCCUCACGGAUCUCGCCUGGAAAUCUCGGCUCACCAUCCCCAUAAUGGUCACCACUGCUUUCCUCGUCAUGGACAUCCGCCUGCAGAUCGAGAUCAACAUUCAGUCCGGGCAAUUUAACGCCAGCGAUCUGGAGGAUGCCGAGGAAGGCCUCGACGAUCAGUUUGGUGUCCACGACCACGGAUCGGACGACGAGAGCGGCAGUGACAGCUACACGGAUGAGGAGUACAACAGCGAGUACACAAAUGACGAUGGGAAUAACAGCGAAACGUCCCACUACAGCCUGGACAUUUACGAUCCCUGGGGUUCGGAGGACGAAGUCGACGCCAACUAUUCGCGGGAAAUGCAGUUCUAAGACACAAUCUAAAUUCUAGACCUAAGCGGGAGUAACUAGCUUUAUUUUAUGUACAUAUACUCAGUAAUAUUGAGCGCCCUAUUUAUCCAUCUCAUAAUUAAACAAACGUAGUUAAGUGCAACACA